AUCUCCGUUUCCCAUUCCUUCUCAACACACACUCAUAUUUUGGACCAGACUAUCUUCUUGAAAGGAGGACGAGAUCGACGAGGAGAAGAGACUCCGCAACGAUUACGCCAGUAAACGGAAGUCUCUUGGUUGCACCUGCGACACGCGCCGCGGUGGCGUUGCCGUCCUUGUAUUAUCAAAUUUCGGCUCUGACCAUGUCGUCGCACAAAUUGCGGCUGCGGAGCCACUCUGCAACGACGGCAACUGCAGCGACGAGCAGCAGCAGCAACAACAACACCGACGAUCGCAGACCGAUAUCAUCUGACUUUUCUGGGUCCAAGAACGUCGUCGUCGUUGGUGGCAGCUAUGGUGGCAUGCAUGCAGCCACCGUGCUGGCCCAGCGGUUGCCUCCAUCGCAUCGCGUCAUUCUCGUCGAGCGCAACAGCCACUUCAACCAUCUCUACGUCUUUCCCAGAUUCUCGACGCUGCCUGGUCACGAACACAAGGCAUUCAUCCCCUACUCAUCCAUCUUUAGCAAUGCGCCAAAGCGGCCACUUCGGCCGAGGUCGUCGAAGGCCAAGAUGAAUGCAUCCGCAAGAGGCAGCAGCAGCCAUCUCGACGCCGAGAAUCGAGCACGAUCUAAGGCGGAUGGAAAGGAGAAGCCGCAGCAGCGUUCGGGCGAGGAGAUGUUGGGAAUGGGAUCACUAGCUGGUCGCGCUUUUCAAAGACGUGAUCGAGGAGAGGGCGGUUCAGAGGCAUCGUCGUCGUCUUCAUCGACAUCGUCGUGGGAUGUGCCGUCGGCCUCCUCGAUGCCAUCGCCGUCGUCCUCGUCGCGGUCCUCGUCUACCGAUGGGUGGCGCGAGGAUGACAGCAUGCUCUCUGUCGGUGCCUCACUCUCGUCGGCCUCGUCGGCUGCAUCCUCGACGGGCUAUGAUGGCGCGCGCGACGUGGAGGCGAAGCGGAAGCGUGCCGGUAUCGACGCGGGCAACCGUGCGGUCGAGCGGGCCAUUGCUGCUGAGGCGCAAACGGGUGCACCCAACGAGCAGGCUCAGCUCGGUCGUCCCUCGAUCCAGGUGGAGGAGCUUGGCUCGGCGCUCGACAAAGGCAUUGAUCUCACGGGUGCAGAGGAUGCAGAGGGCGACGAGGAGAGCUCGGGGAUGACGGCCGCCGAAGGAUUUCACGAGGCAAGUCCUCACCUGGUCCUUCAGGCAACCGUUUCGAGCAUCACGCCUAGCCACGUCAUUGUGGAGCAGCCGACGCAGUCUGGGAGUGCGGCCAAGAACAAACACCUCUGGUCCAUCGACAGUGUCUCGAUCCCCUAUACGCAUCUCGUCUACGCCCUAGGCUCCCACCUGCCCGACCCCCUGCGCACGGAAGCGAGGACAAAGGCGGCGGGUAUGUCGUGGAUGCGCGACAUCCAGGCACGCGUGAAAGCCGCCAACCAGGUCGUCCUCGUCGGUGGUGGCGCGCUCGGCGUCGAAUUUGCCACCGACAUCAAAAGCCUCUACACCGACAAGGACGUGACGCUGAUUCACUCGCGCCAGCAGCUCCUGCCCAACUUUGACGUCAAGGUGCACGAGAUCGCCCUCGCCAGGCUGCAAAACCUCGGCGUCAAGGUCGUCCUUGGCGAACGAUUGGCCCUGACGGAGGGGUGCCCGCGCGGCAGCACCGUCAAAGCGGGCCAAGAGGGGUAUGAACAACAGAAGCAAGAAGAGGAGCCACACCUCGAGCCGGCCGUGUGCCUGCCAGGCGAUGCAAAGGGGGAGGGAUUCCAAGCGCAUCGGCAGGGUGUAUGCGUCGGCGGAGGGCGCAAGUUGGUCAAGACGACGGGCGGCAAGGAGUUUGAGUGUGACCUACUGCUCCUCUGCACCGGCCAACAGCCCAAUUCGGCUCUCAUGGCGCAGCUUUCGCCGACGAGUGUCGACCCGGCCACGAGGCUCGUUCGCGUCCUGCCCACGCUUCAAGUUGAGGUGCCCGAUGGAGGACUGGCGCAGAUGCCCUUUGAGGCGAAACCGCCGUGCGGCGACUGCGACUGCUUCUUGGACAAAAAGGCCGCUGGAGGUGACGUCGAUGCGCAAGAAGAGGAGGACAGCAACAGCAGCAGCAGCAGCAGCAGCAGCAAUAAGGACCUCGGCUGCUUGUCCAAUGUAUACGCGAUCGGAGAUGUGGCAGAUGCAUUCGGAGCCCUCAACGCGGGCUAUCAAGCCUGGAAUAUGGCCGAGGUGGCUGCCGACAACAUUGUCCGCGAUAUCGGCUGGCUGGACCAGCACUCGAGUCGGGAAGAGGGAGGAAAGGUGACCGAGGCAGAGGAGGAGGCCGAGAAGAGAGCGCACCACGCCAACCUUGUGCACUACAAGCCAGCCCCUAAUAUGCUCAAGCUCAGCUUGGGACUGGGAAAAAUGGUCUUCCAGGGCGCGCCAUCGGAGCACCCCGACGAGAAUGGCCGGCACAGGCCCGAGGUUACCCUCAAGGAAGACCCGGCCGAUCUUGCCGUCGAGGGCGUUUGGCAAUUCAUGGCCAACCACUCGACGGAUGACAUGACCCUAUAGUUUACCUUAUAAUCGUACAUCUACCGCUACUAUACUACUACUACUACAACUUGCUGCUCCAGUACUGCUCAAUGUAAAGCCAAACAACAAUCCAUGUUUCUGUGCUUUCCAG